UUUGAUUUUAAGCCUAUGAAAUCUCCAUCUUCUCUCUCUUCUUCUUCUUCUUCUUCUCUCUCUUUCUGUCUCUUUUCCCCGUUUGCUCCGCCCUGUCGGUAAUCUGAGUAAAGAUGAUGACUCGUGUCAAUGUUCCUAAAGGGGCCUUGUCAAAUUGAAACAAUAGCUCUGCAGACUUCGGAUUCCGCCCUGAAUACUUUUUAUCGGCUUCGGACCGGUAACUGGCUGAGUCCAAGAAUACCUCCUCCCUCGCAUUCGCCGCGGCAAGGGAAGAAAGAGAGAGAGAGAGAGAGAGUCUCUCCAUGACAGAACACUCGCUCUGGAGCCAUCUGCCAUUGUUGGUGAGGUCUAACUCCAAGGACUCCGUCGAAUUCAUCCUCCAGACCCUCUGGAAGACACGCAAGACGGGGCUGGACCCCUAUGACAGGGAAACCAUUAGAGGCGUUCUCCAACUCUCAAACGACGCCGAACUCGACCCGCUAUUGGUAUGCCUUCGUACCUUGAUCCGCAAGUGUGUACAUGGAAAUUGCAAAAGAGAUGAGGUCCAGAAUCUUUUCCCUCCUGAAGUCUCACCUGAAAUACGAAGAUUACUUACCAUUUUACUACAGAAGUUUCAGAUAGAAUGGCAAGAGGAUGCACGUGAUGACAAGGUUUCUCUGCCUCGUCUGAAGGCCAUGUCGUGGAACAUGGCCAAUCAAAAUGAUGAGCGUGUAGAUCAUGCUGCUAUCAUCAAUUUGAAGCUUCAAGACGAUACCCAGUCAGUUUCUGGUGAAGUGAAUGUCAAUUUUCAAAUAACAAAAGACACCCUGGAGACAAUGUUGAAGUCAAUGUAUUAUAUAAGGGACCAGUUGUCAAAUGUAGUAUCUCACUGGGUGAGGCAUCAAGCAGACAGCUACAGACCAAUGGACAGCAGAAAGAUGUUUGAAGAUUUGCUUGUGAGGCAAAGUCUUUGUCAUUUGAAUGUGAUCCUGAACUUGGAUCCAGUAAUAUACCCUCAGUGGAGUUGCCUAAAAGCUCGGGCCCCAACUCAAAAUCCCAGUUUACCAGCAGGCUGUGUUCUGCACACAAUAAAAUCAGUAAGAACCAAACUGUUUACUUUUGACAGCAUUAGUUGUUUCUUUUUGCUUAUCUGUUCUCUGUCAGAUUACAGAAUGAUCUCCUUUGUGUGAGAUUCCAGACUAAGGGAAUUUAACAUGAUCAGCCAAAACAUAUUGUCGUAGCAUCAAUUAAACACUUUUACAUUGGUUCUGCUGAUUCAUACGAGCUUCUCUCUAACACUUUUG